GCAUUCUAAAAAAUGGAACCGAAUAAGCAGAACAUAGCUUAAGGAUUUGCAAUUGAUUUUUUUCCCCAGUAUGCAAGCAGAAGAAAAUGAAACAGAUGAUGAGUCCUUAUCUAUGCUAUUCCAUUACCUAAUACAACCAAUUAGCUUAAUGUUCUGCGGUCACCUGGGUAAAACGGACUUGGCUGCCGCCUCCCUAGCAAUUUCGGUCAUUUACAUCGUUUGUGUUAGUGUUGGCAGGGGUUUAGCUUUUGGAGCAGACACAUAUUUUUCCCAGUUAUACGGGGGAACAAACAAGAAACUUGUUGGUCUUUAUCUGCAAAAAUGCUUCUUUUUAAUUUUACUCACAUGCUUCCCAAUUGUUGCAAUAUUCUUGAACAUUCAAUCGUUGUUGCUUUUGCUCAAGCAAGAUGCCGAAGUUUCUGCCAAAGUUCAACAAUACGUCCUUUACUUUUCACCUGGCAUUUUGAACCGUGUUAUUGCCAAUUUGAUCAUCUGCAUUAUAAGCUGUGUAAUUAAUGCCAUACUCCAUUAUGGAUUGGUUUAUCAAGCUAAAAUGGGCAUUAUUGGAUCAGCAAUAUCACUUGCUUUAACAUACUAUUUGACAACUUUUCAAUUAUUCGCCUACAUUUGGGGCUGUAGAAUAUACAGGGAAACUUGGGACGGAUGGACUUGGGACUGCUUGAAAAAAUGGGGUCCAAUUUCAAAAACUGCUGCUUUAUCUAUAUUUAUGACAGUUUUAUUCUGGCUGUGCACUGAAUGCGGAACGUUUUUGGCGGGCGGAUUACCAAAUAGUAAAGAGGCUAUUGCCACAUUUUCAAUAAUGUUCCAAUUGGAAGGCUUUGCCUUUAUGGUUCCUUUGGGUUUAGGAGGUGCAUGUACAGCGAGAGUUGGACAGCAUUUGGGUUCAAAUAAUCCAAAUUGGGCAAAAGUAUCUUGUAGGGUAUCCUUAAUAGUGCAAGGUGCUAUCUCCCUGAUAUUUGCAAUGGCUGUUUACAUGUUAAAAGAUUACAUUCCCAAAGCGUUUACUUCAAAUCAGGAAACUGCCAACUAUACUGCAAGUAUGAUGUACUUAGUUUGCAUAUUUAUUCUACUUGAAGGAGUUGGGGGCGUUGGUAUAGGAAUAAUAAGAGGGACAGGUCGUCAGGGUUUAGGAGCUAUAUUAAUAUUCACGGCCUACUACGUAUUAGCUCUACCAAUAGGAAUAGUUCUAAUGUUUAAAACGAAACUAGCGCUUCUUGGCUUAUGGCUUGGAUAUAUAAUUGGAAUAUUUGCCGAAGAUUUAUUUGUCUUAAUAUUUGUCGCAAAACUGAACUUUGAGAAGGAAGCGGCCAAAGCUGCUGAAAGAAGCAAUAUAAGUAACAUAAUAAAUGAGGAACCAGUAGCAUCAGUAAAUGAUAUUAAUGAAAAUAUACGUAAGUCUUCGAAUUAA